UGACUCAGCUUACGCCAUGUUGUAACGUACGUGAGCAAGCGAUGUGCCACUCAAACAAAAGGAAUUUAAGGACAUAUGAAACUGCAAUUUAAACUUUGAAGAACGUUCAUAUUAUUUUGGACCAAAGAUGACCGACAGCGCCGAAAGCUACAGAGCUGCACUGGCAGACCUGACCUUCAACAGUAAACCGAUGAUCAACAUGCUGACAAUGUUGGCCGAAGAAAACGAGCAGACGGCGACGCAGAUCGUGCAAGUUAUCGAAGAAGAAAUUGAGAAGGCUCCAGCCCAGCGGAAAUUGCCUAUUUUGUAUCUGAUAGACUCCAUGAUAAAGAAUCUUUCAUCAACGCUGUACCCUCAACUUUUUAUCCAGAAUAUCGUCACGCUGUUUUGUCGAGUGUUUGAAGAGGUGGAUGAGAAGACCAGAACAGCUAUGUACAAACUACGACAAACUUGGGUGAAAUGCAUCCCCAACAACAAGCUUUUUGCCUUGGAUGUGCGAGUGAAACGAAUAGACCCUGCUUGGCCCAUCACAGCAAAACCACCAGAACAAGGGAGCAUCCAUGUCAACCCUAAAUUUUUAGUGAGUCAGGCGAAACAAGCACAAGCAGGUUCAGGUGAGAACAGUCCAACUUGGUCGAGUUCUCCUCAGUCUGAGGCAACAUUACCUGAUCGCUCUCCUGAUGACAAAAUGAAAGAGCUUCAGGAAAAGGAAGAAGAACUUAAGAGACUUAAAUUGGAAUUGGAGUUGGCUCAGACCAGAGCAAAAUUGGAGCAGGAAAAACGAAAGUAUGAACAGAAAGUGGAGGAAGAGGAAGCUCGUCUGCGCGCUACUCAGGAUUUCAUGAGUGUAGAUGGUCCAGGCUCAACACCACCAGACUUUUCUUCUGGCCCUCUUCCCCGGACCACUGGAGCAUCUCAGUCUUCAUCUGCAUCUGCACGGUCUAGGGAUCCACGUUUGGCCCGAAAUCCAGAUCUUGCUAGUUCUGUGGCCAGUAGAGAUCCUAGGCGACGUAAUCAAGGUCCAACAUCACAGCAACAGCUAACUCCUACCUCACAAGCACAACCUAGCAUUAUAUCUAAUCAGGUACCACCACCUACUUCUAUGCAGCAGCAGCUUUUGCCACAGACAUUGACACUAGCUGGUGCUGGUCUACAACCAAUACCUCCUGUACCUGCAAUUCCUGUUGUCCCUGCACCAGUUGGUGAAGAUCUUGCAGCUUUGGCUGAUUGGUUUACAUCAGCGGGUAACACACAUGUAGUCACCACAGCUCCAGUAACAGAGCCUCGACCUGUGCAUGCUGAGCCCAAAACUCCUAAUCUGUCAAACAAGCCCUCAAACAAGGACUCUUUGCUUAGCACAAUUCCACUUCCAAACAAUGCACAAUCCUCUGCAACAUCAAAGCAGGGUAAGCAAGUAAAGAAACCAGCAAAACCAAAAAUAAUUCCAGACAAGGCUGUUCCAGAAAAGACACCUGCACCAGUUAAAUUUAAAAUUAACACAUCUGAGGUGCCUAGCACGCCACCACCUCUAAAACUUCAGCCACCUGCUGUGAAAAAGAAGGUAGUGCCAAAGACUGAUGCAAAAGGUUCUUUAGAUGAAGAUUCUGGUUUGACAAGUGCAAAACUUAAAAAAAGCGAAACAAAUCCAGAGGUAAAGAAGACUGAUAAAACGGUUGAAGAAAUAUCAGAAAAGGAGGACAAGCCUGUUGAAAAAGAGUCGAGUAAAGAAAGGAAAGUGGAGAAAAAAUCCGACAGAGAAACGGAUAGCAGUGAGAAAAGUCCCAGAAAGACUGACAAAACAUCUAGCAUUUCUAGAGAGAAAAAAAGCACCAGUUCUCGUAGGUCACUUUCAACAGAGCGCAGGGAUCACGAGCGUCGUGACUCAAAGGAUUCUGAUCGUGCUCGGUCCGGUGAAGACAGAUCACAUGGCAGCAAGGAACGCCAUGUUGCUAAAGAAAGAGAGAGGCGUGGCAGAGAAGAAAAGACUGACCACCGCAAAUCCCCCCCUCACCGCUCCUCAUUUCGUGGACGAGUUUCAAGAGGUAGAGGCAGAGGUAGAAGUUACCAUUAUCAUUCUCGAUCAAGAUCUGUUUCACGAUCUCGUUCCCGAUCACCCAUCAAGGGUGAUAAGAGAAAAAGUAUUGAUCAGAAUUCAUGUAUCACAACGUCUUCCUCAGGCAGUGAUGUUGCAUCUAGCAAGGGCACAGUCUCAGCUGCUUCUAGUCAGGAAAAGAUUAUUGAUGUCGAUGACCGUGCAGCUGCAAAGCGGUCUCUAGACAGUGAUGACAACCUAGCUCCACAACCCAAGAAAGCACGAGCUGUUUCUGGAGACAACUCCACAACAGAUGUUUCUGUUGGGGAAUCUGACUCCAAAGAAGACAUAGAAAAACUGUUCAGCGGCCAAGAUAUCGACUACAGACAGCAAGGAGGUUCAUUGAUGCAGAGUCCAGCUCAACAGCGCUGGUCCAAAUUCAAAGAGAACCAUCCAGAAGAUUUUACCCUAGAACUUGAGCGACGUAAAUCAAUGGAUGAAGUGAGGCGUGCAUCUUUAGAGGCAGCAGGAGUUAGUGGACCUCGUCAUCGUGAUUUUGAUCGUGAUCUUCAUGAUGUGGACUUCAGGAGAAGAAGUAUUCUACAACCUGGUUUGACACGUCGUCCAUUAGUAAGAGCAGAUAUAAAGGAGUCAAUCCCACAGGCACUUUCUUUAGAACAUCAAGAAGAGAUAAUGAUGCAGGCUGAGCAAGAACUCCGUGCAGGACGCAUGUCUCAUGAGGAGCACCAAAAUCUCCUUCGGCAGCUUGGUCAAGUUUUCGACAUUCAGCGUCAGCAGCGUAAAACCUCUGAUCGUGGAGAUGCAGACUGGAAUGAUCCUUCCAGACAUGGUGAUCCUCACCUGAGAGAUCAUAAGUUAGCCUCAAGAAAAGAAAUACAAGAUGAUGUUGAUCACAGGAGAUUGUUUGACAGCGAUUUUCGUAAGAGUGGUUCUGAUAGACCACAGGACUCAGUUCAUGAAAGCCAUGCAGACAGAGACUUCAGGGCAUCACGAGCAGAGGAAGGAGAUGUUGAUCUUCGCAGAUCUGGUAGAAGAGAAGAGGCAGCACCCUAUGGGAGUCCAAGAGCUGACUUUGAUGCUAGAGACAGCCCUAGAUCUGAUUUUGAUGGUCGACGGGACCUCGUCAAGAUUAUGAUCCUGGCAGAGAGGGUCCCAAGCGAGAUCAUAGAUUUGGUGCUAGGCCUGAUUUUGCUAGAGGAGACCGUCCAAGAGACUUUGAAAGCAGGGAAGGUGCAAGAGAAUAUGGUGGGAGCCCACAUGCAGACUUUGAGGAUAUGCCUCAUGGUGAGCCCCGGAGUAAAAGACCUCCUAGGCAUUGCUCCAGGAGUUCCGGUUGAUUCACAUCAUGUAAAAAGUGAUGAAAGGGGACCCGCCACUGAUUAUGACAAAAGAGAUCUUCAUAGAAGGGUUCCCCGCAGACCUGACUUUGAAGGAAAUAGACCCUCCAGACCAGACUUUAGGCACGGACCUGACAGGAAUGCUGACUAUGAUUAUGAUGCCAGGGGAAUGCCAAGAGAUUUUGACUACAGAGGGCCUCUUAGGGAUUAUGAAGGAAGGGUGCACACUCGGGAUUUUGAUCACCGGAGUCCUAGAGAUUUUGAUGGCAGAGGUCCACCAAGAGAAUUUGAUGACAGAAACCUUCCAAGGGAUCAUGAAGGCAGAAUGGGACCAGUGGACAGUUUUCCGCUGAACAGAUCUGAACGUGUGCCACAUGGUGAAAUCAGGGAACCCUACCAUCCUGGUUUUGAAGCAGGCCCCUUUAAUGGACCCAGGCCUAGCUUCCUUGGAGCUGGUCCUCGUCCUCUUAGACCAAGAGUACCUGUUCAGGGACCAAGUGGGCCACGGGGUCUUGCGCCACAUAUGCAUCAAGAUAGUCUUGCCAGAUUCCCCGAUGAUGCACCCAUACCCAGUAGUCCUAUGGAUGACCCCAGGUGGUCAGUCAUGCGUGGCUUACUUGGUAAUGAAGUUAAGGAAGAGAUUGUAAUAGAUGGAAAGCCAUUUGAAGUCCGCAUGGGUGUGGAACGCCGUAUCAAGAUCUACAAUGUUGUUUACGAUGUUCUGAUUGAUCCUCUUGAUCGUGGCAUUCGUGUAAAUGGAGAACUAGUCUACAAAUUUGGUGAACCCAAGAAAGAUAUAAGCUUGGGUGGGAAGGUGGUGGAGAUAUUUUAUCAUGGACCUCAUCGUGACAUUUGGAUUGAUGGUCAGCAGUAUCGUCUGCGUAUAGAUGCGCCACCACUCAACAUGGUGUUUGAUAAUACAAUAUAUGGUUUUCAGAUUGAUGGCCGUGACAACAUGAUACUGGUGGAUAGACUUGAGAAAGGUACCCUUGGAGGUCCCCCUCGUCCUUUAAUCCUGAAUGGUGUUCAUCAUGAAAUCAGUUUUGAGCCACCACCUCGCCGCAUUCUUAUUGACAAUCAGUCAUGCGAGCUUAAGUUAGACCGAAAAAUUCCUGUGAUAAUGUACAAUAAAAAGCCUCAUGGUAUCCGGUUUGAGGGUGAUCCUCGCAACAUCUACAUCAAUGAUGUUCCAUAUCUGGUGCCUUUUGACAGGGCUGUAAAGGUCAAGAUUGGACCAAGGCCUCACUUUCUUGCAUUUGGAGGUCCAGCACAUGAAGUUAUCAUUGAUGGUAGAUGGUAUGAAGUGAAGUUCAACAACAACCCAAAGAACAUCACCAUUGGUAAUCGCAUUUGUUCAGUGCGCCUCGAACCACCUGUACCACGUGUGAAGAUCUUGUCUGAAAUGACAGAGGCAUAUGAUGAGUCUGCAUUACUGAAGUCUAAUCGCCCAUCACCAUUUGCACGCACUCCCCAGCAGCUGUCACCAAAAGCUGAUUUACGUCAUCCUCAUCCGGUUGAUUCAGUUACCAUUGGUGUCAGGCAGCGCAUUGAUGCAGAUGUAACAGCCAAACCAAUUGUCGAACCAGGAUCAAUUGGUCAAAAUCAGCCUGGUGCAGGAAUUUCAACCCCCGUUGUUGGAGUACUGCCUGAAAAGUCACCUUUGCCUGUUUGUACAUCUCAAGCUGUUGCUGUGGCUCAGGAUGUAAGUUCUGGCAAACCUCCAGCCCCAGUUGCUGAGACUACUACUGUGAACCAGUCUCCAAAGCCUGUGGUAUCAAUGCAGCAAGGAACUGAAGCUCUUCAUCUCCAAGGGAUGGGCAUGAGGCCUCCACAUCAGCAAAGCGUGCGGUUCCAGGGAACUGGAUGCCCUGUAGGGCAGGGCCCUAUGCAAGGACCUAGGCCAGGACCAGGAGCAAUGUUACAGGCACAAAACUUGAUGGGGAAUUCAAUGCUGCUGGCAAAUAUGAUGCAGGGACUGCCUAUGAUGCCCGUUACCAUGCCACAAAUUCUGGGGCUGCCAGAAGCCCUUAUGGGCAUUCAGCGUAUGAUGAGCCCACAGAUGGGAGGAAACCCCUUUGCACAGCCAAUGACAAGCCCGCCUUUUAUUGGAAACCCAACCUUGCCACGUAUGAUUUCCCCAUCACCAGGCCCAUUUGCUACCACAGGACCACAAAUUGGACCUAUAAGCAUCCAUCAGUCGAUGGUGACUCAGUCAUCUACUCCACAGACAUUAGUGACAUCUGCUACUCCUCUUACACCUGCUGCUGGCCCAGCUGCUUCUCCUGCGGCCCCUGCUGCUGGCGCAUCAAUGCUGGAUGUAAAAGAUCUUUUUGAAAAACUUGUGGCAGUUGGCAUCAUCAAAAAAGAAGAGAAAAAGGAGGAGACCACUGUGAGUUUAGAGGUAGCAAAACCAAAAGAAGCACUUGCAGAAAUCCAGCAGGAGAUGGUGGAGCAAAAGCCUUUGGUUCCUGCUGUGAAACCUAAAAUUGUUAUUCCCAAAAAAGAGCCUGCGUUUGAGCAUCCACCUGAUUUAUCAGACUUCCAGUCAGUCAAACUCAAAAAGCAGUAUAGUGAGGUGGUUCACCUUCUCUACCAAGGUAUUCAGUGUUCUUCUUGUGGCUGCCGCUUCCCUAUGAGUGAAACUGAGAAAUACCGGCAGCAUUUGGACUGGCAUUUCCGUGCCAACAAACGAGAGAAGGAAGCUGCUAAGAUUGCCAGCUAUCGCAAGUGGUACUAUGAAAUGAACGAGUGGAUUUUGUAUGAAGAACUGGAAGAGUCUGAAGAAAAAUUGCGCAGCUCUGUAUUUGAAGAAGAAGCUUCUGCCCAUUCUGCUGAGAACCAAGCAUCUUCAUUUCCACUUCAGAUACCUGAAGGGGUUGAAGUUAUUCAUAACCCUACAGCAACAGGCAAUGAAAAAGAGGAUAUUUGCCUGAUCUGCAAUGAUCCAUUUGAACAAUACUGGGAUGAAGAAGCAGAAGAUUGGCACCUUAGGGAUGCUAUUAAAGUUGACGGCAAGGUAUAUCAUCCUGUGUGUUACGAAGAUGCUAAAGAGGGCAGUGGUGCAACUGUCACCCCAACGCCGACAGUUGAUGUUGCUGUGAAUCCACUUGAAACUCAGCUUCAGCAUUCAGCAUCUGCAGGUGUAGCUUUUGAAGAGGUUCCAGCACCUACAAGAGUGCCAGAAAAAUGGGAAACAAAUGUGAAAACUGAGCCUUUACCAGUAGAAGAAGCACACGUCACAGCUGCAUCAUCUGUCACCUCGGCUGACAGCUUACCUGAAGCUAAACACGAAAUCUCUGACUCUUCUCUUCCUGUCAAGACAGAUACAGCAACAACUGCUGCAGAUACUUCCCAUCCUGUUAGCUCUGACAUUAUGUUAGUACCAGUUGUCAUUAAAACAGAGCCAAGCAGUGAUAAUGUAACAGAACCCUUAACUGUUCCUGUUAAGGUAGAGCCUACAGAUUCAUUAAUACCUGAACAGACUUGUGCUGAAGCCACAUUAAAUAAAGCCAUUUGCAAUACUUCUUCACCUCCCACCAUGUCUCCAUCUUUGGAGCAGGUUGCUGAUGUUAAGGAACCUUCUGCAGUAGAAGAGAGUGCAUCAAAAGACUCAGAAAACUAACAUUGAGUUGUGACUUGAAUGGAUGUAAAAUUUCUUUUCAUUUGGUCACUUGAAAAAAUUUGUUAAUGGUGCAUCCGAAAAAUGCAUUCAGAAAGUGCACUUGGGUUUAAUUGUAGGCACACACUGUGAUAGGUUCUUACCUUGGGCUGUUGUGUUUGUUGGUCUCCAUGGGUAGGUGGAUAGUGCUUGUGCCAUAAUGUGAAUUGUAAAGGGAGAAUGUCUUAAGUUCAUCAUUUAAAUAGCACUGCACCACUCUGUGAUGCCAAGUUACAUGAAUGAGGUUAAAGUGAAUAUGGUUUUUUUAUGUCAAGGUUUGCAUAGAGUGAUUGGCUUAUCCUAGACUAUUUGGAGUUGAAGAAUCUGCACACAUAAUGCAGUCCAUGUUGUUUUGCAAAAUAUCUUCACUGAACUGAGACCAGGAAAAGAUGCCUUUUGGUGAAAACUACAAACUAUUUUUUUAAGGAAAGUGUUGGGUGAUUUUGCUGUUGUAUGAUUACGCGUGUGCACAUAUGUGUCCGCCCAUGUGGAGAUGCAUGUUUAUAAGGAUGUAUGUGUGGGUUUGAUUCUUUUGUAUCAUAAAAGUAUGACGUUGGUGCUGACAAGAUAACUUUUGUGGGUUUUAUUUCAAGCAUGUGAAAGUGCAAAAUGGAAUGAACAUUUUUUGAGGCAAACAUUUUUGAGUCGUUGAAUGAUUCUGUUAAAGAAAACUCAUUGUUUUCUACCCUAA